AUGUCUUCAGCCCAAGAACCCGAAGAGCCUAUUAAGUACUUGGAAAUAAGUUCCAAGUACAUCAAGCAUUAUCCAGACGAAAAUCUCAUCGACAAAGACAUAAUUGCACGCGGUGGAUUCGGUUGUUCCGGUAACAUUCUUGUUCAUAUGGGAACGGCAAAACUGGCUGAUUUUGGAUGUUCUAGCGAGCUUACAGCGAUGAUGCCCACAUCUAAUCAUGUCGGAAAAACGGCAUACAUGGAUCCAAAAAUAACAGACCGGGCGUACAAACGCGGGAAGAAAUCUGAUAUUUACAGUUUGGGAAUACUUCUUUGGGAAAUAGCUAGCGGUGAAAGACCGUAUAAGGAUGUAGAACAAGAGAUGAUAAUGUUCUAUGUAAUGCAAGGCAACCGUCCUGAGAGCGCUCUCGAAAGACCUAAAGAAUAUGUCAGUUUAUAUUCACAAUGUUGGGAUGGUGAUCCCGACAAACGACCGGAUUGCGAAGAGGUAUACGAGAGAUUGGAAUCAAUCAACAAACAAGCGCAAGAACAAGCACAGCUUCACCAAGAACCAUCCAAUGAAACUUCAAUAAAACAGACUGAUCAGACGGUGAAAAAGAUAGAACUACGAGGACACGAGCUUGCUAUCCAGAUAAUGAAGCUUCAUGACGAUGAAUCGACAAAGGGGGUGAACGCAGAUAAAGUGAUCGAAAAAAUCAGAGAUUGGCUCAUUCAAAACAAAUAUGAAAAAGAAGACAUUUUUAAUCAACUGAAAUCUCAUAAAGAUUGUGGCGUAUGCAUGUUUCUAGUUGCCGCUAACGCGAAUGGUAGUGACGCCUUGGUAAAUGCUACGAAUCUGGAAUUGGCAUAG